AAGAAUUGUGACCAGCUAGGAGAAUUUGCUGCAAGGAAUGGAAUUAGCUCAUAGCUUAUUGCUGAAUGAAGAAGCAUACAGUCAACUAGGUGAAGUUCAGAAGGCAGAGUUUAUUUUUGAGUGGUUGAGAUAUUUGGAAAAGCUCUUGCUAGCAACCAGCAGGAGUGAUGUAAGGGAGAAACAGAAGACUCUUGUUGAGCAGCUCCUGUCUUUGUUGAACAGCUCCCCAGGGCCUCCUACCCGCAAACUCCUCGCUAAGAAUCUCGCUAUACUUUAUAGUAUUGGGGACACAUUCUCUGUUUACGAGACAAUCGAUAAAUGUAAUGAUCUUAUUCGUAGCAAAGAUGAUUCUCCAAGUUAUCUUCCCACUAAACUUGCUGCCGUGGUAUGCUUGGGUUCCUUGUACAAGAAGUUGGGUAGAAUACUGGGGAACACCUUUACUGAUACAGUGGGGAAUAUUCUUAAAGCUAUGAAGAGUGCAGAGUCACAAGGCCGUUAUGAGAUUAUGCUGAGUCUACAAAAUAUAUUGAAUGGACUAGGAGCUGCCGCUACACCUUGCUACAGGGAUGUUUAUAAAGCUGCUAGAUCCUGCUUAACAGAUAGAUCUAUGGCUGUUCGUUGUGCUGCUGCAAAGUGUCUCCUUGAACUUCAGAAUGAGGCCAUAUUUAUGUGGAGUACAGACCUGGACAGUGUGGCCACACUAUGUUUUAAGUCCUUUGAAGGUUCCAAUUAUGAUGUGCGGAUUUCAGUUUCAAAGCUACUGGGCACAAUAUUGGCUAAAGCUCUAAUUUUUAAAGAUCCAGGAACAGCAGCCUCACGUCAAAACAUUCGCAGAGUAUCUCUGGAGGAAGUUCUGGAAUUACUAGGAACAGGGUUUCUACGUGGGAGUUCAGGAUUUCUUCGGGCCAGUGGAGAUAUGCUGAAAGGAACCAGUUCAGUCAGUAGGGAUGUUCGAGUUGGAGUUACUCAGGCUUAUGUGGUAUUUGUUUCAACACUAGGAGGAGCUUGGCUAGAGAAAAAUUUUGCUGCCUUUCUUUCUCAUAUCCUAAGCCUUGUGUCACAGUCACACCUUAAGGGCACCCAAACUCAGAUUGAUGCUGUCUGCUGUCGACGUUGUGUUUCAUUUAUUCUUCGAGCUACUAUAGGAGGCCUUCUUGGAGAAAAGGCUCAAAUUGCUGCUGUAAAGGAUAUUUGUCAGGCCAUCUGGAAGCUAAAGAAAAUUGUGGAUGCUAUAAUGAGUGAUGGUAAUUUGGAAGCCCGGCUUGGUUCCACAGAUGUAGCAGCUAGCCAGCAUAUGCUGGUAUGUGCAUUACAAGAACUUGGAAAUCUCAUACACAAUCUUGGCACUACAGCUGCACCCUUGCUACAGGAUUCAAGUACAGGCCUUCUUGACAGUGUCAUUUCAGUUAUUCUUCAUCCUAGCAUGUCUGUUCGACUAGCAGCAGCUUGGUGUUUACACUGCAUUGCUGUGGCAUUACCUUCCUACCUAACACCUCUCUUAGAUCGUUGCCUUGAACGUCUUACUGUACUUAAGUCUUCACCUGAAGCCAUAACUGGCUUUAGUUUUGCUGUGGCAGCUUUGUUGGGAGCGGUGAAACAUUGUCCUUUAGGAAUUCCUCAUGGAAAAGGCAAGAUUAUUAUGACAUUAGCAGAGGAUUUACUGUGUUCUGCUACUCAAAACAGUCGUCUUUCAGCUCAACGCACACAGGCUGGAUGGUUGCUGAUUGCUGCUCUGAUGACAUUAGGUCCUGCAGUUGUCAGUCAUCACCUUGCUCGAGUUCUGCUGUUGUGGAAGUGUGUCUUUCCAGCAUCGCCUAAAGAUCUAGAAACAGAAAAGAGCCGAGGAGAUUCAUUCACAUGGCAGGUAACCCUGGAAGGACGAGCCGGUGCACUCUGUGCUAUCAAGACCUUUGUUUCCUACUGCGGUGAUCUCCUUACUGAGGAAGUAAUUCAGCGUCUUCUUCUACCACUUCCUUGUGCUGUGGAUUUGCUAACUCAGCUUUCUUCAAUACUAAAAACCUGUGGAAGUCCUUUGAAAACACCAUCAGUAGUUUAUAGACAAAGACUUUAUGAACUAUUGAUUUUAUUACCUCCUGAAACCUAUGAAGGAAACCUCUGUGCUGUCCUCAAAGAACUGGCUGCUGACUUGACUACCCCUGAUAUCCAGGUGGCAGCAUCUACAUUUUUACUUCCACCCCUCUGUCAUCAGGAUGAUCUUUUGAUAUUAAGUCCUUUACUGCAGGAGACUGACCAUAGAUUUAUUGAAGAACAGCUCCUGCUUGGUAAUGGUGUUGCUUGUGGAAGUCUCGAAUAUGACCCUUAUUCUAUUUAUGAGAAAGAUGUAGAGGGAGAUUCAGUGCCUAAACCCCUACCUCCAACACUGUCAGUUAUUAGCUCUGCAGCCAAGCUCUUUGGGGUUCUAUGUGCUCAUGUGGAAGAAGCUCAAAGGAUUCUUACGUUGGAACAGCUUUUGGACAGUAUAAAGCACUCAAAAGGAGUUCGUCAGCAAGUAGUUCAGUUACAUGUUGUUUCUUCAGUUUCUAGUUUCCUGAAGUAUGUGGCUGGCUCCAAGGGAAGUUUAGGUCCAGAAGAAGUGAGAAGACUUGCCCUAACAUUAGUUAUGGGAGGCCUAGAAAGUACCAACCCCCUGCUGAGAUGCGCAGCUGCAGAGGCGUGGGCCAGAUUAGCCCAAGUGGUUGAUGAUGGAGCUUUUACAGCUGGAUUAGCUCAAAUAAGCUUUGACAAAUUGAAAUCAGCAAGGGAUGUGGUUACCAGAACAGGGCACUCAUUGGCUUUGGGGUCCCUACACAGGUAUUUAGGAGGAAUAAGUUCUUCUCAACACUUGAAUUCUUGCAUUGGAAUCCUUUAUGCUUUGUCUCAGGAUAAUACUUCUCCUGAUGUGCAGACCUGGGCAUUACAUUCUCUGUCCUUGAUAAUUGAUUCUGCUGGCCCACUCUAUUAUGUGCAUGUGGAACCUACUCUUUCUCUUAUUAUAAUGUUGUUGUUAAAUGUGCCUCCUACUCAUGCUGAAGUUCACCAAAGUCUUGGUCGCUGCUUGAAUGCACUUAUUACCACAUUAGGUCCAGAGCUACAAGGUAAUAGUACUUCAAUUUCUACCUUACGAACUUCCUGUCUGUUGGGUUGUGCAGUGAUGCAAGAUAACCCAAACUGCCUCGUUCAAGCACAGGCCAUCUCCUGCCUGCAGCAGCUUCACAUGUUUGCUCCACGGCAUGUCAACUUGUCUAGCCUGGUUAGCUGCCUCUGUGUGAAUCUUUGUAGCCCCUACUUGUUACUGAGAAGGUCAGUACUGGCUUGCUUACGUCAGCUUGUACAAAGAGAAGCAGCUGAAGUUUCAGAACAUGCUGUUAUGCUUACUAAGGAUAGCAGAGAGGAGUUGACCCCAGAUGACUUUUUGGUGCUACAUCUUGCUGACUUAAUUCGCAUGGCUUUUAUGGCUGCCACAGAUCACAGUGACCAGCUGCGUCUUUCUGGCCUUGAAACACUAUUAGUUGUUAUUCGGCGAUUUGCAGCUAUUCCAGAACCAGAGUUUCCAGGUCAUGUGAUUCUGGAACAGUAUCAAGCCAAUGUAAGCACUUUCUAUUUUUCAACUGUAAUCUGUGUGGAUACAAUGCAAGAGGAAGAAGGAGAUAAAGGGGAUGAUGCCUCAGUCCUGACCACCAGAAAUGAUGAAAAAUCCCAUCCUUUUACCAAUCCCCGAUGGGCCACUAGAGUCUUUGCUGCUGAAUGUGUCUGUAGGAUAAUUAACCAGUGUGAGAAUGUGAACAUUGCACAUUUUGACAUUGCUUUGGCACAAGAAAUGAAAAAAAGGGAUUCAAGAAAAAUAUUCUUUACCAUACAAAAGAAUUACAGUAGCAAAAUUGCUAUUGCCAGUCUGAGUAUGAAUCAGGUAGGAGCAGCACUUAGACCAGCCUUCACUUCAGAGACACCACCUGAUGUCACUGCCAAAGCAUGUCAGGUUUGCAGUGCCUGGAUAACAAGUGGAGUUGUAAGUGACCUUAAUGAUCUCCGAAGAGUUCAUCAGUUGCUUGUUUCAUCAUUAACAAAAAUACAAGUUGGAAAAGAAGCUGUAAGUCACUUAUAUAAUGAAAGUGCUUCUACCAUGGAGAUCUUAGCUGUGCUAAAAGCCUGGGCAGAGGUCUAUAUAAUUGCUGUACAAAGACAUAAAAACCACAAACAGACUUUCAAGACUAUCACCUAUUUAGAAGAAAGUGUCAGAAAUGGAUCAUAUUCAUCAAAUGGACUACUUGACUUAGUCUACACAGAUCUCAGCACGCUAAGCAGACUCUGGCUUGCUGCGCUUCAAGAUUUUGCUCUCUUAACUUUGCCUUCAGAAUUUGCCUCCCAACUUCCUGCUGAGGGCGGUGCUUUCUACACAGCAGAGACUAGUGAAAAUGCAAAGUGGCAUUAUUACAACUCCUGGGCACUUAUCCUCCAUGCUACAGCAUUGUGGCUUACAAGCACAGGCUUUGUUGUUGCUGACCCAGAUGAAGGAGCAUCUGAUCUCUCGAGGCCUGUAACACCGACUUCCAUGUGUCAGGGCUCGUCAUCCGGGGCUACAGUAAAGUCUCCUGAGGAUGUCUACACUGAUAGAUUCUAUCUUAUUUUAGGAAUCAGUGUGGAAUUUCUGUGUUCCUUACGCUCAGAUGCAACCAUGGAAAGCAUUACUGCUUGUUUACAUGCAUUACAGGCACUUCUAGAUGUUCCUUGGCCCAGGUCUAAAAUUGGCAGUGAUCAGGACUUGGGUAUUGAGUUGCUGAAUGUGCUACAUAGAGUAAUUUUGACCAGAGAAUCGCCUUCCAUUCAAUUGGCUUCACUUGAAGUGGUAAGGCAGAUUAUCUGUGCAGCUCAAGAACACGUGAAGGAGAAAAGACGAAGUGCAGAAGUCGAUGAUGGGGCUGCUGAAAAGGAAACCCUGCCAGAGUUUGGAGAGGGAAAGGACACAGGAGGACUUGUGCCUGGGAAGUCUUUGGUCUUUGCGACACUGGAAUUGUGUGUAUGCAUUCUAGUUAGACAGCUCCCAGAACUCAAUCCUAAAUUGACAGGUAGCCCAGGAGUAAAAGCUACAAAGCCACAUGUGUUGUCAGAAGAUGGAAGUAGAUUGGUUUCAGCUGCGUUGGUCAUUCUCUCUGAACUUCCUGCAGUGUGCUCUCCUGAAGGAAGCAUCUCAAUUCUCCCUACUAUAUUGUACCUCACAAUUGGGGUCCUCAGAGAGACUGCUGUGAAGUUACCUGGGGGCCAGUUACCUUCAACAGUUGCAGCUUCCCUGCAGGCUCUAAAAGGAAUAUUAUCUUCUCCCAUGGCCCGAGCAGAAAAGAGCCAAACUGCUUGGACUGACCUUCUCCGAAGUGCUCUAACAACAGUUCUUGACUGUUGGGAUCCAGUCGAUGGAACACACCAAGAACUUGAUGAAGUUAGUCUACUUACUGCUGUCACAGUAUUUAUUUUGUCUACCAGUCCAGAAGUAACUACCAUCCCAUGCCUUCAGAAGCGUUGUAUAGAGAAAUUUAAGGCUACUCUUGAGAUAAAAGAUCCUAUGGUACAAAUCAAGACCUAUCAGCUCCUACAUUCCGUUUUUCAGUAUCCGAAUCCAGCUGUUUCCUACCCAUACAUUUACUCUUUAGCAUCCUCUAUUGUGGAAAAACUGCAGGAAAUAGACAAGACAAAACCUGAAAACACUACUGAGCUUCAGAUCUUUCAAGAAGGCAUAAAGGUUUUGGAAGCACUGGUUACUGUUGCUGAAGAACAACAUCGCUCUCAGCUGGUGGCCUGUCUUUUACCCAUCCUCAUUUCCUUCCUUUUGGAUGAGAAUGCUCUGGGAUCUGCAACUUCCAUAAUGAGAAAUUUACAUGACUUUGCUUUGCAAAACCUCAUGCAGAUUGGGCCUCAGUAUUCAUCAGUUUUUAAAAGUUUAAUGGCUUCUUCUCCGGCCCUGAAAGCCCGCCUUGAGGCCGCUAUAAAGGGCAAUCAGGAAAGUGUCAAAGUCAAGAUACCAACAUCUAAACAUGCUAAGAACCCUGGAAAAAAUUCAAGCAUCCAAUUAAAGACCAAUUUCCUCUGAUGUUAUAUUUUUUGGAAUAGUAAGCACCUUAAUAUAAUACUUGAUCAUUUCC